GAUUCCGGAAAAAGCACAGGUGCGACUUGGCUUGGCAUUUAGUAUUUCCUACGCGGCUGUAGCAACGCAAAAUGGCGGUUGCGGUUGAUCUGUCGAGGAACACCGACAGUGUCGAAUUUUCCGGUUCUUCUUCUGAAGAUAUCAACUAUGCCAAGACAUUUUGGCAAUCUGUACAGUUAGAGCCACCAGCAGAAUCCCGUCUCGUAUCCAGUGACAUAAAGCAACGUCUCAAAGUAGCUCCAUCUGGAACUCACGGUUUGUCGUAUGCACACAAUAUACCAGAAGAAAAACCAGAAUUACACGAUUUCUUUGUGAGAGUGAGGACUCUUGAACAGUUGGAACACUUUUCGAGAGUCCAGAAAUUUGCAGAGGCAAGAGAAGAAGAUCGAACUAUGAUCGAGAAACGCAGAGCAGAACGGAUAAAGAGAGAAAGUAUUUCACGAGAUUUCAUUGGCCGUAAACGAAGGGUACAUGAGGCAUAUGAUGGCAAGUCUGAGGAAGCAGACAGUGGUGUGAUCGAGGAAGAUCCUUCAGACGUGCUACAACAACUAGACACUUUUGAAAAGUCAAAGUUUGGGGAACAGGAUCCUGAUUCAGACUGAUUUGUUUAAUUUGUACAAAAACUCCAUUAAAGAUGUUUAAAGUUCAUGAUUCGAUGAACAUCACUUAAGUAUGCAAGGAUAGAUGUGUGAAAAAGAUGAGCGAGAAAGAAAAAGAUGAAAAAUAAAAUGUAAUAUAUUAAAAUCAUGAA